AUUGUACGUGGCGCGAAAGGUGAAAAGACAUGGUUGACCCUGUCAUGCCCGUUGUGAGUGUUGACGAUGUCGUCAAAAAUGAUGUGCGUUUUUCUGCUUCCAAGGACAUUCGCAGCUUUUUUGGAGUGACAACAGCAAAGUCUAAAUCCAGCCAGAAUGGCAAGUCAUCAAGCAACAGACAGCCUAACAGUACCGGAGGAAAGCGAAAGAGACAGCUGGAAGAUGAAGAUGAUGAUUUCACAGAUUCAAGGAGGAGCAGAAAAAGGACUGGCAGCAAACCAGCUAAAAUGAAAAAGUCAGCGAUUAUUUAUGACUCAGAAUCUGAUGAAGAACCGAGAUCCUCCAAAGGAAAAGGCUCAACUGUUUCAAAGUCAUCCAAUUCUCCAUCAAAGGCUGCUUCUAAAAAGAAAGUCCUGACUCCAUCUCCUAAGCAGAAAGUCACCACAGUGUCCGAUUUUUUUGGCUCCAGUCCAAUUCAGAGGUCAACCAAGAAAGUGACUGCCAAGAAACCAGAACUGGAAAUUGAGAUCACCCCAAAGAAGCCAAGGCUGGCCGUGGAGCAUCAUGAUGACCCAGACUUUCAAAAAACAUUAGAGCUACUAGAUGAAGAUCACACAACACCAACCAAGAAUCGCAGGACUGAUGACCUCAAGUCAGCAGAGAAGCCCUCCCCUUCAAGGAGAAGUCCGAGGAUCUAUAAGAUGGAUGUCAGUCCAGCUUUAAAAAAAGGUAAAGGCAUUGCCAGUAAGAUAGCUGAGAAGGUGAAAUCUAAUAGCAAAACCCUGGUGGAAGAGACCCCAGAGAGAGGUCAAGGUGAAAGGUCACACUCAAGGUCAAAGGUCACAGUGGAGGAAACACCACAGAGGUCUAACAGGAGAGGAGCUCAGACACCAGAUGCCACAUCCUCCAAAGCUGCACCUGCUAAGCACACACCCACUAAAGCCACGCCCACUAAAGCCACAACCUCUAAAGUCACACCAACUAAAGCUACACCCUCAAGAUCGACACCCUCAAAAGGCAUAAGCUCUGCCAAAUCUACUCCAUCGAAAACAACUCCCACAAAGGCCCCAAGUCCCAAGGAGAAAAUGGGCGGAGACUCGGCUGAAAAGAAGAAAGGAGGUGGGGCCAAUUACAGGAGAUAUCUUAGUCGAGAUGGACCACGAUCACUGGGUGCCAAAGAGAUGCCACAAGGUGAGGAAAAUUGUUUGGCAGGCCUAGCAUUUGUCAUCACUGGUGUGCUGGAUUAUGUGGAGAAGGAAGAAGCCAAGCAAACUAUUGAACAUCUUGGUGGCAAGGUUACAACAGGAGUCACGAAGAAGACAUCCUAUCUAGUGACCGGACGUGAUCCUGGUCCAGUUAAGAUACAAAAGGCUGAAGCGCAAGGUACAAAAAUCCUAACUGAAGAUGAGCUAUUUGACCUCAUCAGGACGCGACCAGGAAAGAAGCCAUCAGUCAGUAAGGUGAGCCAACCAAAAGCUGAACCUGUCUCCACGAAGCAGUCUGCUCAGACAAAGCCCAAAGUAAGCCCCAAAAUGGACACUACACCAAGCCAGUCUCUGUCAACGUCAUCAUCGCCAGCAAUGGAUUCCAAACCCACCGUAGAGACUGAAAAACUAGGCGAAAGCCUGUUGUGGGUUGACAAGUACAAACCUCAGAAUAUGAAACAGCUGAUUGGUCAACAAGGAGAGCGAAGCUGUGCCAACAAGCUCCUGAAGUGGCUGAAGCGAUGGCAUGACAACAAUUUUGGACCCAACAAAGACAGAGCUCGCUUCAGCAAAGACGAUGGAUUUUGUUUCAAGGCAGCGUUACUUUCAGGACCUCCAGGCAUUGGGAAAACCACCACAGCAGAACUUGUUUGUAAGGAGCUGGGGUUCAAGACAUUAGAACUCAACGCCAGCUCAUCCAGAAGCAAGAAAACAUUGGACCUCGUCAUGAAAGAAUUCCUACACACAGACUCCAUCGAAGGCUACUUCAAGGCCGGAGGAGGUGAGAGCAAAGGGCAAGAGGUCGAAGUUCACCGGCAGUGCUUGCUGAUGGAUGAGGUGGAUGGAAUGUCUGGGAACGAGGAUAGGGGUGGAAUUCAGGAGUUCAUCCAGAUGAUCAAGAAGUCACAUAUACCUGUGAUCUGUAUGUGUAACGACCGCAACCAUCCCAAGAUCAGAUCGCUAGCCAAUCACUGCUUUGAUCUUCGUUUCUAUCGGCCUCAAGUUAAGCAGAUCAAGGGUGCCAUGUUGUCUAUUGCCUUCAAAGAGGGCGUGUCCAUCCCGCCCCAAGCUAUGGACCACAUCAUAACUGCAUCUAAUCAAGACAUACGGCAGGUGCUUCAUAACAUGAGCAUGUGGAGUGCAGGAAUGAAGAACUUGAGCCAAGAUCAGGUGGACUCGGAUGCUAAGAAGGCUAAGAAAGACCUCAAACUGGGUCCAUGGGAUGUCUUGAAGCAAGUCUUUGCGUGUGAUGAGGAAGCAGAGAAGAUGUCACUAACGGAUAAGAUGGGUCUGUUCUUCCACGAUUACUCCAUCGCCCCACUGUUUGUUCACGAGAACUAUCUCUCCAUUGCACCCAAAAGGGCAAAGGGUGAUAUUAAGCAGCACCUCGGUCUUCUGAGCAGGGCAGCGGACAGCAUCUGCAGUGGUGAUCUCGUGGAUAGAGCGAUCCGUACCACACAGCGAUGGAGCUUGCUACCUACUCAGGCCAUCUUUGCAAGUGUACUGCCUGGAGAUGCCAUGAAGGGCUAUAUGCGAGGUAUGAUACAGUUCCCGAGCUGGUUAGGAAAGAACUCGAGCAGGAACAAAAACCGUAGGCUGUUACAGGAAAUCCAGCAACAUAUGAGGUUAUCUUCAUCAGGCAGCAUGAAUGACAUCACCUUUGACUAUGUUCCUCGUCUGCGGGACUUCCUAACGCAGCCUUUACUGACCCAGGAGUCAGAUGGUGUGUCAGAGGUCGUUGAGUUGCUCAAUAGCUAUGACCUGACUAGAGAGGACUUUGACACUGUACUGGAAGUGAGCCAGUUUGAAGGAAAGAAGAAUCCAAUGGCAGGGGUCCCGUCAAAGGUCAAAGCAGCUUUCACCCGAGCAUUCAACAAAGAGGGUCAUAUGGUUCCUUAUGCAUAUGGUGACAUCAGCAAGAAACGCAAGGUUACCAUAGCAACUGAAGAUGUUGAUGCAUAUGGUGAGGGGGACAUGGUUGUUGAAGAGGAAGGCAGUGAUGACGACGAUAUUAGCAAGAAUGCUAUGGUCAAGGUCCAAGCUGCCAAGACUGAGACAAGCACCAAAUCAAGUGUGGCUAAAAGUAAAGGAUCCAAGGGUAAAGCCCCAGCCAGAGGAGGUGGAGCUGUCAAAGGGAAAUCAAAAGCCAAAAAGUAGUGAUGAUUUUAGGUGGACAUGCAGCAUCACGAGUUAAAAACUGGCUCGGAAUGGUUGGCCAAAGUACUUGUAUGUACGCUUCAAAGUGAAUGAAAAGAUUUUAUUGCAUUCAUUUGAUCUUUGGCUCUUCGAGAGUGGAAUGUACAAAUUAACAAGACAGGAUUCCACGCAGAUUUUUGUAUCUGAACUCAUUAAUGUUUGCUGCUUGGAGUCAACUGCAUAAUCUGUUAUAAACUAAAACUGGUAAGCUUUUCGACAAAACUCAAGGAGAAAACUAUUGGAAAUUCAGCAAAACUCAGCAUAAACCAUUGGAAAUACUUUUAAAAAAUGGUAACUUUUAUGAGCACUUUACUACAGAGUCGAUUAUUGAAAUGAAACCUUUGGUCGAGUUUUGCAUUUGCGUUCAUCUAAAAUAUCUAAAAAUUCUACCUUAGAAGUGCUCCUGGUCUUAAAGGAUUUGGUAAAAUUUGUAUUGUUCUGUCAUGGGUAUAUUUGGUUUUUUUUGUGGGAAAGAGUUCCCAUAUAAGCAUGAUUCACGGUGUUUUUAAAGCUGGGAUUGUUAUUAACAACCCAGUUAUGUGUGAUGCAUUAAACAAAUUUUCCAAGAUUUCCCCUCCAUUUGCAACAAAACGUUCACAGUACACUCCCUGUACUUGGUAUAUUUUUCUAGCAAUUGCUUUCUUAAUCAAGGAGUGAUGGAAAUAAAUACAAAUUACGAAAAUUUCA